AUGCGAGAGGAAAGACAAUUGAAGGAGGCCUCCAUCAAACGUUGGUUAGAUCAACUCAAAGACGUAUCUUACGACAUGGAUGACGUUUUGGAUGAGUGGGGCACUCGCAAUUAUGAAAUCACAAAUGAAGUCGUUUUGCGUUGUCGCAUUGCUCGCAAGAUUAAAGAUCCGAAUGAAAGAAUAGAUAGAAUUGUGAUAGAGAAAGAUAGGGAUAAGAAAUUCCUGCUUGUCCUAGAUGAUGUGUGGAAUGAGGAUUCCACAAAGUGGGAGCAACCGAAAAGCUCCCUCAAAUGUGGUUUGCCUAGAAGUAGAGUUUUAGUGACUACUCGUAAUAAGAAUGUGGCGAGUAGCAUGGGCUCCACACCCACCGACAUAUUAGAACUAAAACCGCUCUCCGAGGAGGAAUGUUGCGAAUUCAAGAAGUUACCCGAAGCAAUGUGUGAAUUGUACAAUAUGCAAACAUUAGAUGUCUUGUAUAAUAUGCUUAAGAAACCGCCCGAUAACAUAGGAAAACCGGUCAAAUUAAGAUAUCUCGGUGUUUAUAAUAGGGAUGGCUUAACGAUGAGAGGAUUAGAAGGGUUAAGUUCUCUUCGAGAAUUAGAUGCGUUUUAUGUGAGUAGUAGUGAGGAUGGUGGUGAAGUGUCUAAUCUUGGGGAUUUGAAAAACUUGAACCACCUUCAAGGGUAUCUUAGGAUAGGAUGGUUGGGAAAUGUGACGGAUCCGGAAGACGCAAAGAAAGCGUAA